AAACCAGGGUGGUUUGCUAUCCUGGAAAGCAAGGAGAGAGCUUUUUGGGCAGGAGACAGCUAAGAGUCAUCAAUGGCUACACAUGUUAUACACAGGAUCACUGUCUAUGAAGGUCAUAUUUGGAAUUCUAUCUUCUUUAUCUGCUUUCAAGAUAGUUACUGAAAUUGAAUGCAUAAAACAGGAAUACUUGUAUAAUUUAAUCAGGGAUGCCUGUGGUGAACCACCCAAAUUCGAAACUAUGAAGCUCAAGGGUAAACCUAAAAAAUAUUAUGAGGUUGGGGAGAAAAUAUAUUAUGAGUGUCUUCCAGGACGCAUUACUGUGUUUCCCGUCAUGGCUUAUUGUGAGCAGAAUCACUCGUGGUUCCCUCUCCAAGAAGCUUGUAUGAAAAAAGAAUGCGGUAGGCUAGCACUUCAACAUGGUGAAGUUGUUGCCCCAAAUAAAACCUUUUCGUUUGAUCACGAAGCUCACUUUUAUUGUGAUGAGGGUUAUUACUUAGUUGGGCAACAAGUUAUAGUUUGUAACCUUCGUGGAAAUGACGUGUAUUGGAGUGAUAACCCCCCACAAUGUAAAAAGAUUUACUGUCAACCGCCUGCAAAAAUAAAUAACGGAAAAUACAGCAAUAGCCACAGAGCUAUAUUUGAAUAUAAUGAAUUAAUAACUUACAGUUGUAAUCCUUCACAAGGAUCAGACGAAUUUUCACUUGUUGGAGACAGCAAACUUAUUUGUGUUGGGAAUAACAAGUGGAGUAGUGACCCUCCUCAGUGUAAAG